AUGGACAGAAAAUCAUCAGUUAAUCCCGUAAUCAAGGAUACAGCAUUGUCAUCAGAAAAAAGGAGAUAUUCAGUACAGAAUGCAUCCGCAUCUGGAGCCCUUCCUCCAAGAAACAUUCCACGUGCAACACCAUAUUUAAAUACUCCAGGUGCAUCAGCUGGAACAAUACCUGUAUCAUCAACAAUUCCAAGAGCAUCAAUCGCAUGUAUCCCAAUGAGUGUUCAGGCUCAAAUUCAACAAAACCAAGCAGUUAAAUCUGAACAACCUCCUAUUGCAAAACCUACACCAUCACCUUUGACAAAAAAUUUCGUCACACCUCAGGUAACACCUAGAGCAUCUAUAAGCAAAGUUCCUGAAUCAGAAAUAGAUCCUACUAAAAAACUUGGUCGUUCACCAAAAUCUUUUCGAUGUGAUUGUUGUCAACAUGUUACUGUGACUAGAACAACAUAUCAUGUUGGUGUUUUAACAUGGCUUAUGGCAGUGUUAAUUUUUUUAUGCGGUGGUAUUCUAGGUUGUUUUCUCAUACCAUUCUUUACAAAUUGUUGUAAAGAUGUUAAACAUGAAUGUCCAUUCUGUGGUACAGAAAUCGGUAUGAAACCUAUCAUUUUUCUCAUGAAUAAUUCUAGACCAAAUGAGUUACUAGUUAACAAUUUCAAAAUACCUAAUUGGUCAGGUAAACCCCCAACAGGUCUGCAUCUAGAUGUGCUCAAAGAUGGGAAAUUGAUUCAGAAACUUAUAAUAGAUGAAAAGAGCUGUUACUUUUUCGGUAGAAAUAAACAGUUAUGCGACUUUGCCGUGGAUCAUCAAUCCUGCUCACGUGUGCAUGCAGUUUUGGUAUGGCACAAAUUUUUGAGUCGUGCGUUCCUAAUUGACCUCGGAAGUGUUCAUGGAACUUUUAUUGGGAAAAUUAGGUUGGAACCACACAAACCUCAGCAGGUUCCAAUCGACUCCGAAAUACAUUUUGGUGCGUCUACUCGUGUUUAUAUCAUCCGUGAACGUCCUAAUCCCUUGUACAACAUUUCCGGAAAUCCUUCAGACCCGAACUCGCAAACAUUAGAUGGUAAUGGUACAAUGGGUCCAGAAAAUCGCAAUUUGGAUGGGUCUGAUUCGGCCACAAAUUCUUUGGGCUUACUCUACUCUCAACUUCCUCAAUCCGAGGUUGAAUUGGAUAAUUUAACCGAGUUUAACACAGCACACAACCGUCGUAUAAGUAGUAUGGUUGAUGUUGCCUCUAAUCCUACAAUUCCUACAAACAAAACACGUAAGAGACCACUGCAAAAUGUGCAUUUCAGUGACGCAGAUGAAGUUAUUAAUCCUGAGGAUGUUGAUCCUUCUAUCGGAAGAUUCCGAAAUCUUAUACAGGAGACUUUCAUACCAAAUAAGCGUGCUAAAGGCAGUCAUGAAGGUGCUAGCUUAGGUGUUGCAGCUCCAGAACUACCUGAAACUUUUCGAACAACUGGGAAAAAUAAUGUAGAUGGGAAUAACUCUGUUCAUAACUCAGGAAGAAGUUUGAUGCACAUGAAAAACAUAUUUGGACCCCAUUACAGUCUGGCUUCUAAGCUUGGUUUACCUGUGCCAAAUCUUGCUCCAGAUGUUGAAAGUGAACCUCAAGAGCCUACUUUACCACCAACUGUAGCAAUGCUUCAUGCCUAUGCACACUCAAGGCCUGGGACUCUAGGAAAUGCUUUUUCAGAGGGAAAAAAUACUGCAGGUGUAUCUAGACUAAGUGCUAGUGAUAUCUUAGGGGCUUCAAAUGAACUGGAUAGUGUUUCAGGUGUUAAUCAGGAUUCUGGACUAGAUAUGGGUCUUGUUGAAGCCAAUUAUCCCAAAAAGAAAAAGUACGCGAAAGAAGCUUGGCCUGGUAAACGUCCAGGGUUCCUGGUUGGACCUACAGCCUAG